AGUCCUAAUGAUAUAUCUUUUUGUCUCGUUUGGAUCAAUCAAUUUCGGAUUCGAUAUUUCCUGGUGGGCAUCAUGCCUUGGCGUUGACGAGUUCAAGGAAAAAUACGGAGUGUCUCCAGGUCCUGGCCAGCCAAAGGUCAUUCCAACGACCUGGCAGUCAGCUGGUUCGGGAACGCCCAAUGCCGGUAUGGCGAUCGGAUGUCUUCUUGGAGGCUAUGCAAACUUUCUCCUGGGCCGGAAGAAGACUAUCGCGCUGUUAUCGGUGAUUGCAAUUGUCGGUAUCAUCAUCCAGGUCUCGACUGACUCAUAUUGGGGCAUAAUCGUUGGGAGAACCAUCAACGGUCUGUCCAUAGGUAUGGAAGCAAAUGUCAUUCCGACUUACAGCGCAGAACUCGCGCCCCCAGCCAUCCGUGGCUCGCUCGUGAACUUCUACCAGUGGUGGCAGAUUAUCGGUAAUAUCCUGGCGAGUAGCUGUAUCUACGGAACAGCUCGGCACCUUUCCGGGCAAUGGACGUACAAGACCGUGAUGAUAGUACAAUUAGUCAUCCCCAUCAUCCUGCUGUCUGGUGUUUGGUUCUUGCCCGAGUCUCCGCGAUGGCUGCUGAACAAACAUCGUCCCGAUCAAGCCCUACGCGCCCUGGAGAAUAUCCGUAAAGGAUCUGCGACAACGGAGGCUAUCCAUGGUGAAUUGGCACUCAUACAGGAGGCGAUGCGCGAGGAGGAAGAAUUACAUCAGUCGUCAACCUGGCUGGAUUGUUUCCGGGGCCCUAACCUCCGGCGCACCAUGAUCGCGACUGGCGUUCAGGUCUUCCAACAGAUUCAGGGCAACUCUUUCAUGAACAACUAUCUUGUUGUCUUCCUGCAGCAGAUAGGAAUCACGAACUCCCUGCAGGUUUAUAUCGCUUCCAACUGCACUCAGCUUGGCGGUAUCACGCUUGCGUUCUACUUCGCCGAUAAGAUCGGACGCCGGCCCAUUCUAUUCUUUGGCGCAUUCAUUAUGGCUUGCUUUAUGUUCAUAAUUGGCGGUCUAUCUACGUACAGCAAGGGAGGAGUGACAGGCUCCACGGCACAAGGCUGUGUUGCCGCUAUCCUGCUGUAUCAAGCUGUUGCAGCUGGAGCGUGGGGCUCGUGCACCUGGGCAACCACGGCCGAAGCAGCUACUACUCAGUUACGCGAAAAGACAACCAUGUUCGCAACCUUUUGGAGCUUUACUAUUGUCAUUCUCGUGACCUACAUCAACCCAUACGUACAGGAUCCAGGGUAUGGGAACCUUGGAUCGCGCGUAGGGUUCGUCUUUGGAGGUUGCUCCAUCCUUGCGAUGGUUUGGGUUGCAUUCUUCCUUCCAGAAUUGAAGGGUCGAAGCCUGGAAGAACUGGACGAGAUGUUCAAUGCCCGGGUCUCGGUCUGGAAUUUUCAUUCCUAUAAGUGCUCCGGUAUUGGUGCCAAGAUCACGGAGAUCCAGGAUAAAAAUGCCAAGGGCGAAGAUGUCGGUGCGAAGUUGUUGGAGGGUGUCAAGCCGAUCACCGACGUGACUUCUAACGAGAAGAAUUUGGAGAAGUAGGUGGCAUCCUAGAAAAAGAUAGAAUCUGCGCAGAUUAUGUAGAACGUCCAUAGUCACAGAUUUGACCUACCUGCUAACUAUGCACUUG